UAAGAGUCGUUAUUUUUCAAGAUGGCGUCGAGCGAACAAAGAGGAGUUGAAUGUUUUGUUGUCGUUUAUUGAAUUGUAAUGUUUUUACGGUUAUGAAACUUUGAUAAUUUUUUUUUGAUUUGAUUUAUCUUCGACUAAAUAAUGCUCGAAUUGGAAGUCUUACCGGAAUGUAGUUUACGUAAUGAUCAAGUGGAGUUUGCAUUAGGCAUGAUAUUUAAUCAAGCUGUACAGAUGAUACAGAAACAGUGUGAAGUAAUUAAAAAUGUACAAGUACUUUACAGUGAGCCAAAUCCUUUAUCGAUGGAUUUAGUAAUAAACCUCUCCCAAGAUGGAAUAAGAUUAAUUUUUGAACCAAAAUCUCAGAGCUUAAAGAUCAUAGAAGUGUAUAGUAUGAAUAAAGUUAAAUUAAAAUAUUGUGGAAUACCAUUUUGUUCACCUGAAGUUCCUCCUACUUUAGACCAGAUCGAUCAUUCCUUUGGAGCAACACAUCCUGGAGAAUACGAUGCAUCUCAACAGUUGUACAUAUUAAACUUCAGAGGCCUGUCUUUCUCAUUUCCUGUUGAUUCUAAGUUUCAGCCACGGUACACGCCGGGACUAAGAAGCCUCCAUUUUCCGAACGGUGCUUCUGUCGUCGUUUCUACCAAAAUGUGCAUAUAUAGCGGGAAUAAUUAUAUGGAUCCUAAACCUCCCGCCAUGCCGGUGACCUGCUUCUAUAAUUAUUGCUACUUGGAGAAGUUAGAAGUUUUACGUAAAAAAGACAAAACGCUGGGGCUGAAGUUGUAUCUUAUAACAGAAGCUCCCGCUCAGAAAAAGUCGAGAGAAUUAAAAAGGCAGACAAUAACCAAGACGAUAACAUUCGGCAACACGGCUCAAGACAUAACGUCUCUUCUGGGAUCUCCCCCCAAGAUAUUUUUCAAAGCCGAAGACAAAAUGAAGAUUCACUCUCCUCGGCCCCACAGAUUCGUGGCAUCCACAUCUUCCGACUACUUUUUCAACUACACCACUUUAGGAAUGGACAUUCUGUUCGAUUCCAAGUGUCAUCGUGCGAAGAAAUUCAUUCUGCACACGAAUUAUCCCGGACAUUACAACUUCAACAUGUACUUUCGGUGUAAUUUCUCUAUUCCUAUAAAUUCGCAGUCCAACGACUCGCAGGGUGCAAUAUUGGUGGACGUCACCGAUCAAAACGUGCAACUCAUUUCCGCCUUCACCAAGUGGGACACGAUACAAGACAGGUUAAUAAAACCGGACGAACAGCCGGUCGUACUCAACAGGAGCAAUUCUCUCAACUCUACUAACCCGUUCGGUUCUACUUUUUGUUACGGUUAUCAAGAUAUGAUAUUCGAAAUAAUGUCCAGCAACCACAUUGCCUCCGUGACUCUGUACCAGAGAUAAAGACGAGGGAACCAAACAGAAGUGUAAAUAGCCUAAACGAUAUUUAUUGCCGUCGUCCGGACGGAUCCUUCAUGGUGCUCAUCCGAUCCCAUCUUCUGGAUAUCUUUGCUCACCCGGACACUCUCUUCGACCCGACAUCGAACGUCGUUCCAAAUUUCUGCAAAUACUCCGCGCCUUCGGCCGUAACCGGGUCGAACAGCGAGUCGACCAGAAAAAAAAAACAAUAUGCACAAUUGUAAUAUGCAGAACGUUCGAAGAAGAAACAAACGUAAUUUGUGAUUGUAAAGUCAUGCAAAAAAUCUCUCUCUCU